AUGCCCGAUGGAGAAACCAAAAGGCAUACAUUUUCGUCACAUCAUGCUUGCAAGGGUCGCUCAAUGCUCAUACGAAACCAAGUGAAAAGGGAUUUUAUAAUUCGUUCUGAAGAGAUGAAGGAAAGUUUCUAUUGGGCUGUUGAGCAAUCAGAUAACGAACCCGUGUCUUCUCAUUCAACUCUCGUGUUUAAGGUUCAUUCUAAACCAUUUGAAUGCGACGACUGUGUCUUUGAUGCAGCUAAACCAAAGGUGACGAUGAAGGAAAAUCAGAAUGGAAUUUUGUAUCAUUCGAAUAGUUUUGGGAGGGAGAUAAAUCCCCUGGCCUUCACUGCUAAAGAUACGCAUCACUUAAAUGGACAUGGAAGGGAGAUGGCUCCUUUAGAAUUAGAGGCUAAAACUAGAGAUGAACCUUGGAACACUCAAAUUGUGGAUUCUUUUGCAAAGGAUAAUGAAUAUGGAAAUUUAAAUUCUAUGAAAAAGGAAGAUUGGAAUGAAAUUCCAAGUGACUGUGAGUGGGAUGCAGAUCCAUUGGAUUCUGAUACAGAGGACGAUGGCAGAUUGGGAAAUGAUCUGAAGCUUGAAGGUGCUGUGUUUGUUGAACGAUUUGCACAUGGUCAGGGUAAUGAUCCAAGAGAGUCUGAUCGGCUGUCCAUUGCUGCUUCAGAUAUGUUGGAGUCGGGUACAAAUUUAUAUACCGAUAAAGAUAUUACAGUGUGUGAAUUGCCCGAGUUGGAAGCAUGCUACAAAGAGACUAAUUAUAAUAUUGUCAAAGAUAUACGCGUUGAUGAGGGGAUGCCCACAGAGGACAAAGUUUUGACCGAAAGCAUUAAGGAUGAUUGUACAACAGCAAAAGAAAAGGAUGAUAUGGAAGUUCUCAUUCCAGACUGUUUACAGUCUCUGUCUUUGGAGAAUACCAAAGAUGAUCCCGGUAAAGAUUGUGAGUCCAAGGAAUAUACCUAUGACAAAUCACUUUUGCCCAUCGGGCCAAAAUCUACAUUGGAAAUUUCUUUCGACAAGGAUACUGUUCAGGGAUGUGAUCUGAAGGACUCGAUGAACUUUUGUGUACCAAAUGAUGGUACAUUUGCCAAGAUGGAAUCUUUUGUAGAUGCCAAACUUCCAAUGCAGAAUUUUGGUACUCGAAGUUUCCUUAGAUCUUUUCUCAACUCGUUAAACAGUGAUGAAAAUGAAAUUGCACAACCACCUGAUCAGAUUCCUCAUGGAGAUGCAAUUUCUGGAAGUCAAACUGCGUUAUCGACAAAUACAGAACCAGAUAAGAAUGUCCAAGCUGGCAACUUAUUAUACAAUAGUAAAGUGGACUGUGGAAGUAUUACUUUUAACUUCAACUCACCCAAAUCUGGGGCAUCUCGCAGUAUGGAUGGAUGUGCUGAAAAUGUCCAUGCACAAUCCGUCGAGUCAGAGGAUGAAUAUCAUCUUGAGUUUCUAAAUUCCGACAAUCUUUUCGAAGCUACCCUGGUUCAGUGCACUAGCAAUAAGUUCGAAAUCAAUGCAAAUGGUGAACAAUCCAAUGACCUCCAAGACACGAACUCUAAUUCCUCAGAUGGUCAAGUCCAGGAAGCUAGCAUCCAGGACAAAACUACUGGAAAUGUUAACGAAGAAGCCGUUCAGACAUAUGAUGUUUUUAAGGAUGAGGUCGAGAAAUCUGGCAGUGUUCCGGUCACAAACUUGGUCCGAUGUGAUGAAGGAGAGUUGAGCUUCUCCAAUGCAGGCCUUAUCACUAUCUCAGGGCCAAUGGCUUAUUCUGGGAGCGUCUCUCUUCGAUCUGAUACCAGUGCAGCCAGCUCUCGAUCCUUUGCCUUCCCAGUAUUACAAUCUGAAUGGAAUAGCAGUCCUGUGCGAAUGGCAAAAGCCGACAGGAGACAUUUUUGGAGGCGCAAGAGUUGGAGAUCUGGUCUUCUUUGCUGUAGAUUCUAA